AAGCGAUGGAUCCGGGCCGGCUCUUGCUGGAGGCGGCGAACUGGAGCACCAUCGCGGCGUGCCUGGUGCUCAAGUUGCCCCAGGGAGCCGCCUUGGUGGCCGCCAGAUCCGCCCGAGGAGUCAGCCUGGAAAGUUUAUUGCUGGAGCUCGGCGGUUUCCUUGUUUGCUUGAGAUACAUGAGUUACUACCGUUAUCCUCAACUAACAUAUGUAGAAUAUCCCAUCAUGAUUGUGCAAGAUAUCAUUCUUUGCCUGCUUGUUCUGCAUUUCAAUGGCAAAAUGAAGCAUGCUUUGCCUUACACUGUCAUAUUUGUAGCAGGAUGGUAUGCUAUAACUCUGCAAGAAUGGAUAUUGGACUUGAGUAUGAUCUUGAGCACAGUGGUCAGUGCAGCAAGUAAACUUGCUCAGCUCCGGUGUCUUUGGCAGACGAGAGAUUCUGAACAAGUGAGUGCCACAACUUGGGGAUUAGCCACAUACACCUGUGCAGCAAGAAUAUUUACAACGUUGAUGACUACAAAGGAUUCUACAGUUCUGAUCCGUUUUGUAGUCAUGAUGGCUCUUAAUGUUUGGGUCAUCGCUACUAUAUUGGAAUACCGAAAGGCUAAGAAGCAAGAUUAAGAUGCAGAUCCUGCUCCUUUUUAAAUGACAUGGAUUAAAAUGAGACAUUCCAUUAAAUGAGAGCUAAUGUUUACAUACUGUACAUGUACCUAACAUUCAGUGCCCACACUUCAGUUACAUUGUGAUGGUUAUACUUAUUGUUUUUUUUUAAAAAAAUAAUUAGAUGAAUGAAGUCUUUCAUUUUAUAUGAGCAGAUUGCAUAACAGACUUCUACAACUGGUUGAGUCUUAUUUGUUGGUUAUCUCCAUGGACAGUCCUACCCUUCUAGUGUGUACACACACCUCAGUAGGACCAACAAUAGUUCAAGCCAACAAAAAACUAAUGUUUUAUAUUGAAUUGCUGGUUUUUCAGAACUGCGUUUCUGGCAACUCUUAAAGGUGAAAUUUAUCUUCUAAAGAUAAAUUAGCCUAUAUGAGGAAAUCUUUCUCUGAUUUCCUCAUGCUAAAUUAAAUGGCCCUCUAAAAGUGUAAAUCUUCAUCUUAAAAAAGAACUGUGUAUUUUAUUUAGUUAAGGUUAUUUCAAAACAGCUUCAGUUACCAAAAAAAAAAAGUUCUUGUAUUUCAGUUCCUGCACUUUAAAUAUGUUAAACUUGAUACUCUGUUUGGGUUUAUGUGUCAGUCUAUAUUUUUUUUUGAACCAAAUUUGUAUCCUACUAUUUUGAGUAGCUGUUAGCUGUAACAAUGCUAACAUUAUACCUUUGGUUCCAAAUAUAAACAAAUACUUAAAGAAACUUAAAGAACAUCAACAAUAUUUCAACAAUUCUGUGAACUUGGUUUAGUGACCCACUAGGUUUCAAGAAGUAUAAAUGUAUCAUUAGUGCUUAAUUUUGAAAGUUAUUUCAGCAAUAAAGAAUGGCAUUUCAAAAAA